GUCGGAGUGAGCGCCCGGCAGCCGAGGGCGCCCAGGGCGGUGGCACCGGGACCGACCCCGCAGGUGUCACCGAAGACACAUGCUACUGCCUUGUCUGGAUGUUUGACCCGUGGUGGGAAAAGGCAGCUGCCUCCAGGUUGGAUGUGAAUGGCCCAGGCCUGGGACAGAGCCCACGGGCCUCGGCCAAGCGCGGCCACGGUCCCGGUGCGGGAGCUGAGCUGGCAAGGCCUGCAGACCCGCCCACAGAGCAAGGACCCAGGCCGCCCCAGGGACAGGUGUGCCGAGGGGCUGGACGAUGAGUCCCUGUCGCCUGCCCGGCUGCGGGCCCUGGCCCAGGUAGAUGACCUUCGACUGGUGAGCAUGCUGGAAAUGUGUGUCAACACUCGUGAGAACAGCCUGGGAAACUUCGGGGUGCACCUGCCCAACCUCAGCCAACUGAAGCUGAACGGCAGCUGCCUGGGCUCCGUGCGAGACCUGGGCACUUCCCUGGCCCACUUGCAGGUGCUGUGGCUGGCUCGCUGCGGCCUGACCGACCUGGACGGCAUUGGCUCCUUCCUGGCCCUGAAGGAACUCUACGUCUCCUACAACAACGUCUCAGACCUGAGCCCGCUGUGCCUGCUGGAGCAGCUGGAGGUGCUGGACCUGGAGGGCAAUAGUGUGGAGGACCUGGGGCAGGUGUGCUACCUGCGGCUGUGCCCGAGGCUGGCCACACUCACCCUGGAGGGCAACCCGGUGUGCCUGCGGCCGGGGCCCAGCCCUUCCAACAAGGUGCUCCGGGGCUACAACUACCGGACGGAGGUGCGGAAGCGAAUCCCCCAGCUGCGGGUCCUGGACGAGGUGCCGGCUGCGCACCCAGGCCAGUCGGCCUCCUGGAAGCCGGGCCAGGACUGGCUCCUGGUGAAGGAAGCCAUCAAGGCGGGCAGCGUCCUGGACGGCCUACUCCCUGGGCUGGAUUGUCCCCACGGAGCCCCCAUUCAGAGACUCAGCUCCAAGCUCUCCUUGCCUGAGACCCAGCCAUGGGCCCCCGGGCCAUGGCCUCUCUCCGUACUGGUCAGUGGGGGUCCCCUGCCUGAAAGCCUGCUUCCCAAGGACCCAGCUCCAGAGGGGGACACAAGCAACCUCACCCAUGGGGCUAGUCGAGUCCUCUGCGGGAACCCCACCAAAGGCCUGUGGGAGCGUCGGCACCAGUGCCAGGCCUGGCCGGUUCCAGAGCAGCUACGCCCACCCAGACUGAAGGACCCGGCUGCCGGUGCCCCCAGCCCAGGGCCCGAUCCUGCGGAGAGCAGUGAAUCCCCAGCCUUGGCUAGUCUUCCGGCCUACAGGGAGCUGCGCCUGCGCCCCCUCCCUGGUAGGUCCCUGGAGCCCCAGCGGGAAGGUGCCGUAGCCCCCCGUGGCCCACGGAAGGACCAGUCUAGGCCCAAGACUCCCUCCGGCACCCUAUGCCCGGCCCCAGAGCCUUCCAGGACCUUGGGCUAUAACCUGACACCCUCUCCCCCCAAGAUGCCCAUGCCUUCUGAUUCUAGCAGCCCCUCCUGGGGCUCCACCGGCCUGCAGUCCGGGAGGCGGAGGCUCAGAGCCCUGUGUAGUUUAGGGCCUGGCCUGGGGCAAAGGCCUGGCCUAGGGCAGGGAUUGGCUACAGUGACGGCAGCUCUGAGAGCCCUGGAGGUGACUUCAGGCCCAAGCAUUCCAGCCCAAGGAUGUCCAGCCCCAAAGCCAGCAACAGAUCCAGCAGCCAGACCCCCUGGCCUCCCGUGCUUGCCGCACCUGAACCCUAUCACCCCAGCCCAGUUCCACCCCUAGUGUACUGCCAAGGGCCAAGGAGCCCCAAUGUGGUUGUGGGAGCCCCAUGUGAACUCUGGCUUCAUGGAACACAGAGCAUCUUGGGGGGGGUGUUGGGGGAUGGGUAAUGGGCUUGAGGAAGGAGAGACCCUUCUUGGUGGCGGGGAGUCGGGAGUUGGGAUCUCCAGCUGCAGGCACAAGAAAGAGCCCAGGCUAAGAGAGCGCAGGUCCCCAGCACAGGCCCAGCUGCCGGCUCCUUCCAGGGAGGCCCACCAGCUCUCUGGCAGGCCCCCUCCAGAUGCCAGGGUGCGGCCAGGCCUCCCAUCCCCGGGGGGUGGGGGGUCAUUUGCGCAGUUCCUCGCCCACGCAGGGAUGGGGGAGGGUAUCCCAAAACCAAGCAAACCCUUCUCGACUCUCAGGUGUAUAUGAAUGCGCUUUACUUCGUAGGCGACGUUGGCUCAAUAAACGCUGCCGCCAGCA